AUGAGUGUUAUAGUAAUGGACAAUGGAACUGGAUUCUGCAAAGCGGGGUUAGCUGGUGAUGCCACGCCAUUGGUUGAAUUUCCAUCAGUCGUAGGAAGACCUAGAUACAUACCUGUUGUUGCCGGCCUCAACUACCGAAGUUUAUACGUGGGUGGUGCAGCUCAAUCACGUCGAGGCAUCCUCCGGCUAUCGUAUCCCAUCCGCCAGGGCAUUGUCCGCGAUUGGGAAGAUAUGGAAGUCAUCUGGGAACACACCUUCCACCACCUGUUGGACAUAGAUCCUUCGGAUUACGCGGUCAUCGUCUCGGAAGCUCCUAAGAAUCCCUUGCGAAAUCGGGAGAAGAUCCUUGAGGUUCUCUUUGAAAAAUUUCGCAGCAAGGGUGCUUUUGUUGCCAUACAGGCUGUGUUGGCGUUGUACACGGGUGGACGAACAACGGGUGUCGUGCUCGAUACCGGGGCUGGCAUCAGCCAUGUGGUACCGGUGUAUGAAGGAUAUGCAAUUCACCACGCCAUAUGCCGACUGGAGUAUGCAGGAAAACAUCUGACUGAAUAUCUGAGAGAACUGCUGACGGAAAGAGGAUACUAUUUUACCACAACUGCUGAACGUGAGAUUGUUCGUGACAUCAAAGAGAGCUUAUGCUUCGUGAGUGAAGACUUUCUCUCUGACAUGAAGAUUGCUUCCAGCAACUUGAAGGCGUUCGAUCAGAAGUACACGUUGCCCGAUGGACAAGAGAUCACUGUUGGAUCGGAGCGGUUCCGGUCUACCGAAAUGCUAUUUCGGCCAAACUUCAUCAACCUGGAAGAUCCUGGAAUACAAGGAGCCGUCUAUGACACUGCCAUGAGAUGUGAUGUGGACAUUCGAAAGGACAUCCUGGACAAUGUCUUGAUUUCUGGAGGGAACAGUCUCUUUCCUGGGCUGUCGUCAAGGCUAAAACAGGAGUUACAGGCAAUGUGCCCAUGUCCAGUGCGAGUUUGGGCGCCAGCGGAAAGAAGAUACGCUGUGUGGCUUGGAGGUUCCAUCCUGGGAUCGCUGUCCACCUUUCGGGAGAUUUGCGUUACUAGGAGUGAAUAUGAAGAUUAUGGGCCGCAUAUUGUACAUCGGAAAUGUUUUUGA